AUGUCAUCUCAACGUAAAACUGGAAGGAAGAAAAAACCGAUCUGGCAGUGGUUCAAUGAGGGCGAAAAGAUUAAUAGUUCACAUUAUUUGGCACGGUGCAACUUUUGUCAUGAAAGCUGCCCUGGAGAACCUUCGAAAAUGACUAAACAUUUACUAGAAAAAUGCAAAAACAUCGAACAACAUGAAUGUGAUAACAUUAGAAAUAUUUUAAAAGUCUCUGAAACUAAAGGCUCAAAAAAAAAAGAUUCAAUUCAGAAUGAUGAAAUAGAAGUUGAAACUGUUUUGAAUACUUUAGAUUCACCUAAUUCGGAUUUGUCUAAUUCGGAUUUGUCUAAUUCGGAUUUGCCUACAUUUAUCUCAGAUUUGUCUACUUCGGAUUUAUCUAUUUCAUCCUUACCUAUUUCAGUUUUGUCUAUUAGAGAUAAAACAUCUAUUAAUCGUCAAUUGCUUAGAGUAAUUAUUUCAUCUAAUACACCAUUAUCAUUCGUAGAAGACCCUGAAGUAAUUAAGUUGUUCAAUAUGUUAAAACCCAGAUAUCAGCUUCCAUCUCGCAAAUGGAUUAGUACUGAUAUUUUAGAUAAUGUAUAUGAGAAUGUACAACAUGGUGUUCAACAAUUUAUAUCUGAUUCAAAAUUUUUGACACUUUCUGGUGAUGGGUGGACUAAUGUAUCAAAAAAUAGUAUGUUCAAUUUUAUCAUAACAAAUGAAAAGCAUGAAAGUCAAAUUUUGAAAAUAGAAAAUUGUUCUAAUCAAUGUCAUACUGGAGAUUAUAUAUUUGUAAUAUAUAAAGAAAUCAGAAUAAGCCUUGGAGAUAAAUGGAUUGCAUUUAUUUCAGAUAGUGGACCUGAUUUCAAAAAAGCACAAUGUCUUAUACAUGAGGAUCCUGAAAUUGGCAAUAAAGUUUUAACAAUUCCGUGUAUGGCGCAUCAAACCAAUUUACUGGUCAAAAAAAUAGUUGAAUCAUCAUUUUUUAAACCAGUUAUUAAAAAAAUAUUGAUUAUUAUUAAUCAUUUUCGAAAUUCCAAUCUUGCACUAUCUAAAUUAAGAGAGUUAGUUGGUAAUACAACUUUAAAACCUCAAUAUCUGUGUAUUACACAUUGGACGACAUUUAUAAAGGCAUCUGAAACAAUAUUGCAAAUUCAAACAAGUUUAAAGUUAUUAAAACCAUAUGAUUAUAUCAUAAAAAUUUUAGAAACUGAAAAUGCUACAUUAGGUCAAGUUGCUGCAUCAUGGGCAUGGUUCCGUGAAACUAUUAACAAAAGCUCACUUAUUAAUGACGAUGAUUUUCAAGAUUUUUUAAUUAUGGAAAUUGAUAAUCAAGGAUUAAAUCCAACUUGGCACUUAUAUAUUCAGGAAACUGCAUAUGGGUUAUUUUGUAUAUUUUAUCCUAAUUAUGAUCAGAAUAAAUUUAUUGAUGAAUGGUUAAAUUAUUCAAAUCAGGAAGAUCCAUUUUCUGCAUUGUCAGUCAAAAAUCCAAGCUUUACAAGAUUACCAUUACGAUAUUGGCAUACCAUGCAUUAUGUAGCUCCAAAUUUGAGUGAAUUUGCAUGUCAUCUUUUAUCAAUCCCACCUAAUUCUGCAACCUCUGAACGGGUUUGGUCCUUAUUAGGUAAUAUACAUACAGAAUGUCGUAAUCGGUUGUCUCCACCCCGGGCUGCAAAAAUAGCACAGAUCUCUUGUAUUUCAGAUGAUGAUAAUGAUCAUAGUGUAGAUGAAUUUAUGGUUAAUUUAAACCAAAUAUCCAAAACUUUAAUAGAUGAUAUUCAUGUAUUCGAUACAAAUUGUGAAGAAAUGAUUCCAAAACUUGUUGAUGUUUUUGAUUCAAAAAUUGUUAAAAAAUCCUUGAAUCAAUU